AUGCUUCUUUCAACACGCCUCGGUCGUUCCAGUAGACCUUGCGCAAGGCAUCUGCGAUUCGCAAGACAGUGUGCGCCUCGAGGAGGUCUUUCGAAGAGCUUGCGACAAUGUAGAUAUCUUGCCACGGAAGCCGACUCCGCAGGGGUUGCUGGGAGCACAGCGGCUGCUCCUUUUGCAGACUCCAAAGCACGCUUCAAUGAAAUAGGGGUACAGCAGUUGAGUAGUCACGUCUACUCACAGAUCUUCAAGGAUGGAUGCCAACCAGCCCCGGAAAACCUCGUUGAGUUAUCCAAGGAUCAUCUACGUCGCCAUGAGCUUCUAGGGAAGAAUACCGACAACACUCCUCCGAUUUCGUUUGAUCUUCCCGAACUUCAAGGCCGGACCCUUGACGAACACUUUUAUAAACUUGGACUCGAUGCCGCAGAACCAUAUCUCUCUAAGGCUAAUCAAUUCACGCGUGCGAACGCGCCUCCAAAGCCACGAAAAUGGGUUCGAAGAAGUGGAUGGACAAAGUAUUUUGGGGAUGGGACUUCGGAGGCAGUUGAUGCGCCACAGGAGGAUAUGUUAUGUUUUGAUACGGAAGUAAUGUGGAAGGAGAGUUCUUUUGCUGUAAUGGCAUGCGCUGUCAGUCCUACGCACUGGUACGCUUGGUUAUCACCAUGGUUGUUGGGCGAGACAGAGAACGAUCGCCAGCUCAUACCUCUGGGAGACCCAAAUCAACAUCGGAUAAUAAUUGGACAUAAUAUCGGGUACGACCGAGCGCGGAUCGCCGAAGAGUACGACUUGCAACAAUCGAAGAAUAAUUUUUUGGAUACCAUGUCCUUACAUGUAGCUGUGAAUGGAAUGUGUUCACGUCAACGGCCGACCUGGAUGAAACAUAGGAAGAAUCGAGAAUUACGAGAUAAAAUUGCAGGAGAGACUGAUAAUGUGGAACUGGCCGGACUUCUUGGGAAUAAGGCUCUGACAGAGGAGGAGGAGGAGCUAUGGGUUGGUAGAAGUUCUGUCAAUUCUUUGCGAGACGUGGCAAAGUUUCACCUCAAUGUCAACAUCGACAAAGCGCAGCGAGAAUAUUUUGGUGAGUUGGAUCGAGCGGGUGUUCGAGACAAGCUAGACGAACUGCUGGAUUAUUGCGCUGCGGAUGUCGAUGUCACCCACCGUGUAUACAAGAAAGUGUUUCCAAAUUUUCUCGAAACUUGUCCGCAUCCCGUCAGUUUCGCUGCCUUGCGACAUCUUUCUUCCGUCAUUUUGCCUGUUGAUAAAUCCUGGGAGGCAUAUCUUGGAAAUGCAGAAGCAACAUAUCACAAAUUAUCGGAUGCUGUUCAGGAGAGACUUGUGGCUCUUGCAGAAAAAGCAUUAGCUAUCAAAGGGGAUUCGACACAGUGGAGCAACGAUCCUUGGCUUAAGCAACUUGACUGGUCGGGUCAGGAAGUUAAGAUGGUCAAAGGAAAGAAGAAGAACGAUCCACCUCGACCUGCCGCACGGCAGAAGAUGCCUGGAAUGCCACAGUGGUAUAAAGAUUUGUUUAUGAAGAAAGACGGACCUAUUGGGUUGACUGUGAGAACACGCAUUGCACCUUUGUUGCUGCGGUUAUCGUGGGAAGGAAAUCCCCUGGUGUGGUCUGACAAAUACGGUUGGACCUUCAAAGUCGCAAUAGAAAAAGCCCAUGAAUAUCAGCAGAAGCAAAUGCAGAAAUGUACUGCUUUUGAAGAGAAGGAUAUGCAUUUAAGAGAUGACAGAAGUAAUGCUUAUUUCAAAGUACCGCAUAAAGAUGGCCCACAAGCAAGAUGUGCCAAUCCAAUGGCCAAAAGCUACAUGGCUUAUUUCGAAAAGGGAAUUCUGUCAUCUGAAUUUGCCUAUGCCAAGGAAGCCCUCGAGAUGAAUGCUUCUUGUUCCUACUGGAUCAGUGCGCGAGAUCGGAUCAUGUCUCAGAUGGUCGUGUAUGAAGGUGAUGGAGCGAAAGGGUCUGCACAUGGCAAAUCGACUUCAGAAACAGGGUAUAUCCUGCCUCAAGUAAUUCCUAUGGGAACAGUCACUCGAAGGGCUGUUGAAAACACAUGGCUCACGGCCAGUAACGCCAAGAAGAAUAGAGUUGGAUCGGAACUCAAGUCGAUGGUGAAAGCGCCUCCUGGAUAUUGCUUCGUUGGUGCCGAUGUCGAUUCUGAGGAAUUGUGGAUUGCCAGUCUUAUUGGUGAUGCUCAGUUUAAGGUUCAUGGUGGGAAUGCAGUUGGGUUCAUGACCUUGGAAGGUACCAAGGCAGCUGGAACCGAUUUACAUUCAAGGACGGCAGGUAUCCUAGGCAUUACUAGGAAUGACGCCAAAGUGUUUAAUUAUGGUCGAAUUUAUGGAGCUGGACUCAAAUUCGCUUCUACAUUAUUACGACAGUUUAAUCCCAGUCUCUCAGAGGCAGAGACCACGAAAGUUGCUUCCAAUUUAUACAAAGCUACAAAAGGUCAAAAGACGAAUAGAAAGACUCUUCAUAAGAAGGCUUUCUGGAGAGGUGGAACGGAGAGUUUUGUUUUCAAUAAGCUGGAAGAAUUCGCGGAACAAGAAAGACCUCGAACACCAGUACUCGGAGCUGGAAUCACGGAGGCUUUGAUGAGCCGCUUCGUUAGUACCGGUGGGUUUAUGACUUCCAGAAUCAACUGGGCUAUUCAGUCAUCAGGUGUCGAUUACCUACAUCUUCUCAUAAUCAGCAUGGAUUAUUUAAUACGCAGGUUCAACGUCGACGCACGUCUUGCAAUCACUGUCCACGAUGAGAUCCGCUAUCUUGUCCGCGAAGAAGACAAAUACAGAGCAGCAAUGGCACUUCAAGUCUCCAAUAUCUGGACACGCGCCAUGUUCUCUCAACAAGUCGGAAUCAACGACCUCCCCCAAGCAUGCGCCUAUUUCUCAGCAGUCGACAUCGACCACGUGCUCCGCAAAGAAGUAGACAUGGAUUGUAUCACACCCUCCCACCACACCCCCAUCCCCCAUGGCGAAUCCAUCGACAUGUCCACCCUCCUCACUAAAGUUAAUGCUACUCUCGACCCCUCCAUCAUCCCCACCUCACCCCCAGACCUCUCUAAAAUCGCCUACACCCACCGCACACCCGUCAUGGAAACCCUCGCCUCAAACCCCUCCCUCAAUUUCCUCCGCGCGCAGAUCACAAACGACGAUAAAGAACUCCGCGAUAUCCUCAAAGACGAACGGAAGACUGUGGAAUCAGCACCACCCGUCAAACGCAAAACAACGUCUACUACUAAACCAGUACGAAACCUCGUACCCUAUCAAAAUCAUGCGCAGAUGCUCGAGAUGGAACAACCUUCUAUUUCGGAGCUGCUAGGCAGUGGGAAUUUCAGGAAGGGGUAUGAGAAUGGGAAGAAAACUUGGGGAUGGGAACGACAGGCGGGGAGUCGGGCGAGACCUGCUACGAGGUGGUAA